CUCUCUUUCUCUCUCUCUGGAGUCUCGGUCGAGCACAGCGACGCGGCGACAUCGGACACGCGCGCGUUUUAAUUACCGCGGCGAGAUGAGUCAGUUUGCAGCAUGAGCUUCUUUCUCUCUCUGCUAUGUGUUGCGUAUGUCAUGUGUGUGUGCAUCGCUUGGCAGUAAAAAAGCCAUAAAUCGAAUUAGCGGCGUUAAUUAGCCUCUCCUCUCUGCCCCUCUGUAUUAUAUAGAUCGUCGUCAUCGCGAAUUACGAGCAACAGCAGCAGACGAAAGAGAGAGAUGAGCUAUCGGCAAACUUCAUACGGGUCAAUGUUAUCGCGAUCGCGAAAAUGUCGGACACGGAGGCGGAGAGCUUGGUGAGCAGCGCCGGCUAUCUGCUCGGCAAGGAGAAGGCCUUCCUGGACUUUUACGAGCAGCGGCUGCCUUGGCUGUUCCACCUGUGCUUCGAUCCCAAGGGCAAGCACGAUCGCGCCCGCAAAUUCGCCAGUUUCCUUCUGGGCUUCUCGCUCGGCCUCUUUCUCUACGAAUUCGUCGUCAAGGAUUUUCAAAUCGAGGUGCAUGUAAAUAUUUCCGUGGGUUUGACGCUGUGUUUUGGUCUCGCCACCGCAAGCGCCAAGUCCCUCAAGAUACGAUGCACGUGUCUAUUGACGAUACCGGGCGCCCUCGGUCGAGCGGGUCGAAGCGCUUUGAAAGCCCUCGUGAUCGGCUGGAUCAUCGCCGGGCCCAUACUCAAUCUCACGCACAACGGCAAGGAGGUGAUGCGCAGCUUCGCCUGCAGCACCCAGCUGGCCUUCAAUCUCACCAAGACCAAGUACGACCUGAUGUUUCGGCCCUUCAAGAAGGCCAUGGCCAACAUGCAGGAGAGCGGCCAGCAGCUAAGGCGCAGCAUCGACUCGGUCGAGCGACUCGUGCAGCCGCUGAGAAACGAGAUCGAGGGCGAGGAGGAGGUCCGAGCUUUGAACUCGUACAACGCCCGGGUCGAGCAGGACAUGAGCAGGCUUAAUGACUCCACGGAGCGGAUGCAGCUCGAUACGGCCAAGCCCCUGCCCAACGACAACCAGACGGGCGAAUACUACGAGCGGAGGUAUUACGCCAAGAUCGAGGCCCGAUGUCGCGAGCAACUGAGCCGGGGCUCGGAGCGCUGCAAGCUCGCCUUCGGCCAGGCCUACGACAAGUGCUUCAAGGCCGUCACCUGGAUGGCCGGCUGGAUACUGUGCUGGCCGAUGAAGCUCACCUUCGCCUGCAAUCUCGUCUCGAGCAUCGGUGGCAAGAAAAUCUGCCGUCCCGAGGGCAACGUCGACGCCGGAAUCGGCGAGGGCUACCUGGCCCUGGUCAAGGCCAAGGACGAGCUCAAGCGAUCGGUGCGCGACGCCAAGGUCGAGUACAAGCUGGACACGAGGCCCGUCGCGGAGGGGGCCCGCGAGGCCGCCCAGCUGUCGCGCGACGUGCUGCGCGAUCUCGAGGCGCGCAAGCGCGUCUGCGAGUGGCUGGCCCGGGCGGUGCAUCGCUGCCUCGGCCUCGUGCUCGUCAAGAUUUUAGCGGACGCCUGGCGCUACGCCGGCAAGUACCUCGAGGACGUGCAGCACGACAACGUCUACGUGACGGGCUACUUUCGGCGGAUAGACGCCAGGCGCAGGGCCCGGGGCGCCGCCAAUCUGCUGCCCCUGAAGAAGCUCGAGCGCACUCAGCUCGUGGAGCCGUACGAGGCGCGCCAGGUGCGCUCGGAGCGUCGCGAUCUGCUCGGCUCCACGGCCAAGCUCCUGCUCGAGAUGCUCAUAGCCACGAGCGUCAUAGUGCUGGAUCGGCUGCUCUACGAGCUGCUGCAGAUCGUCAAGCGUCACGCUCACCUGGAGAUCCAGCAGAAGGGCGAGCACUCGCUCAGCCUCGAGAUCAAGGGCAAGGGUCUGGUCGCCCAGAUCAUUCGCGGCUUGAUCAAGGGCUUCAACGUGCGCCGGAAGGUCGACCAGCUGGUGACGAACGAGGCCUGUCUGCCGCGGCCCAGCCGUCUCUCGGGCCUCGCGAUCUUUCGCAUCUACUUCGGCUACCUCAUGGUCUGGCUGAUGCUGCUCGUCCAGGCGUACACGCAGCGACUGCGCCGUGCCAUCGCCGGCUUCUUCUAUCGCAAGCGCGAGAAGCGCCGCGUGCUCUACCUCUACAACGAGAGCCUGCGACGUCGACUGGGCUUUCUCAAGUUCGCGAGGCGACGAGCGGCUCGCAGGGCCCGCGCCAAACACCUCUACCCGGAGACCAAACUCGUGGAGCGCUGCAAGCGUCUGUGCGCCGAGCGACUGCCCCAAUGGCUGGUGCGCCGCUGCAUCGCGGGGCCCGAGUGCUUCGUCUGCGCCGAGCCGUCCGAAUGGGGCUCCAAGCUCGUGAUCGCCUGCGGCCUGUGCGGCGCGACUUACUGUCCCGACUGCUGGCGAGACGUGGGCGAGAGGUGUCUGGUCUGCGCCGCGUCCAGCCCCGCCACGACGUCGGCCGACGAGACCGACCCGAGAGAGGACGAGGAUGAGGACGACGACGACGAUGACUAA